UGUGUGUAUUCUCUCUUGGGGACCAAACACAAAAGCAUCUUUAAAUCCAAGCAGAUUGGAUCUGAUUAUGUUUGGCUUCGUUUCUUCUCUCUCCUCAUGGGGAAUCUCAUUUAGUGCGCUCAGAAAAAGUGAUUCUAUCAGCAAGAAAUCAAGGCUACUGUCUGUAGAACUCUGGAAACACUACAACGGUGCAAUUACAGUCAUUAGAUCCCUGCACAAAUAAACUCCUCCUGCCGAGGAAAGCAGGGAUUGAGAUUUCCGGACUGCGCUCACCAGACAAUCAUUUCACAUCAGGAACAUUUAGUUCUACGGCUUAAAUCAUCAUUGAAUUGGGUCUAUUGAGAUCUCACACAUUUAACCCGUUACGUAGCUCACUUUAACUGUGAGAUGAUAAUAAACAUUUUAUUGUGAUGAUAUUACCUCAGAAUCUCACCAUGUGUUUCUGGGUCACAGAGAUGCAGCAGGUCACAAUGCCUGAUAAAUAAAUGCACUAAACGAACACAGACACAAGUCAUGAAGUAAAAGUAAUCUCAGACACACUUUUAUGUUCUUCUCAAGGGUGUGUAAGAGUGCAUCGUGAAGGAGGCUCCGCUUUACUGUACAUUAUGAGGAAAAGCAUGCUUGCAAUUAUGUAAUCUCUCAAUACCCCCCAAAAAAACACACAUGUGAAAAAUUAUCCCGAAUGUGUGUGAGGAAAAGAGAGAUCCUGGCACGUUUGCUGAUGAGAUCAGAGACCCCAGAACAUUAUGUACCCUAUACAUGUACACAGAACGUGAGAUUUCGCUCGUGCAAAGCUCCUUCAGAAAAUACUUUCAAAUAAUGUUGACAUCUGUACGGAAGUCAACUGCUUGUAUAGGUUUAGAUGCACUGUGCUGGAAGAGCAUGAAAGGGAAAAAACGUAAUGAGACAGAUUCAAGAAAAACAAUGAGAAAUCUACAUGAAUAAUUUCUAUAUAAAUAAAUAUAAACAGUUAUGAAAGAUCCAUGCAAAACUUCGUGUCGUGCAUGGUUUUAAACGUUAAAUGUAUAGCCAGGGCUAUACAUACCUACAUCACAUAAUGUAUUGCUGUAUAUUAUGUAAGUAUUACAAACGGUUACGAAACACAGGAUGCUAGUUUGUGUUUUUAAUUAUUGCAUGACGAUUAAAAUAAUGUGCGUAACGCUGCGCAGAGCAGAAGCAACGGAACGGUCCCCAGUGCGCAGCGUCAAGAAAUAAAAGUGCGCACUCGCCAAACACAGACACGCGGACAUUCUCACUUGCACGCACGAUACGCGCUUAAUACGCACAGGAGGACUGCCACGAACAGUUAUGACACAGAACACACAGAGCGAACGGAUGCAAACGAAACGAAGUGAUUUUACGCCAUGCUUUCACCGCAGAUUUGGGGAGGUUUGUGUCCCAGUUACGCAGCUGGAUCUCCGCGCUCGGCUGAGAUCAUCUCACGGAGUCCCUGCAGCUUCCACAGUGGGAGGAGUGACUUUAUCUGCGGGUCCUGCCCCCUGUGUUACAAACAUAUAUAAAUGACAGUGGUUUAACACACCAGACUCACAAACGCAUGUGUGCUUGGAAAGGUGAGAGCAAAACAAUAAAACUCGACUCAAACUUGUGGCUCUGGAUUGAUUGUCAUAUUUAUGAUUUUUGCAAACUGAUGCUUUGAAAUGGGAGAGUUUGCAUUGUAUUUUUUGCUGGCAUAAAGACGGCUAAUAUAUUUUUCUUCAUUUAAUUUUUCAACUGUGUCCUAUUUGAGCAGAACAUUUUGAAUUUUCAUCCUUUAAGAAGAAUAAAAGUUCAUCGGAAUGUUGCUAAACGACGCUGAUUUUGGACUCCAGGGCAGCAGCAUCAUUAAGGAAUGGACGGGGCAGGUCCAGCCGGCUCUCAUGGCAUCGUUCAUCAUCCUCUUCUUCAUGGAGGCAUGGCUGUGGGUCAGGAACCUCAAGUUCAAGAGAAGGCUGCCGGGCCCAUUCCCCUGGCCCAUUGUGGGCAACGCCAUGCAGCUGGGACAAAUGCCACACAUCACUUUUUCCAAACUGGCGAAAAAGUACGGAAACGUCUACCAGAUUCGACUAGGCUGCAACGACAUCGUGGUGCUGAACGGUGAUGCAGCCAUACGACAGGCGCUCGUCCAGCACGGCACGGAAUUCGCCGGCCGACCGGAUUUUGUGUCAUUUCGGAUGAUAUCCGGGGGUCGAAGCGUCACGUUCAGUAACUACAGCAAACAGUGGAAGAUGCACCGCAGAGUCGCCCAGUCCACUUUGAGGGCGUUCUCGUCAGCGAACAGCAAAACCAAAAAAGCGUUUGAGCAGCACGUGGCCGGGGAGGCCAUGGACCUGGUCCAGAUUUUCCUCAGGCUCAGCGCGGACGGGCGAUACUUCAACCCGUCCCACGAACUCACGGUCGCUGCUGCCAAUGUCAUAUGUGCGCUGUGCUUCGGGAAGCGCUACGGCCACGACGACCCUGAGUUCAGGACGCUCCUGGGUCGUGUGGAUAAAUUUGGAGAGACGGUGGGAGCCGGCAGUUUGGUUGAUGUCAUGCCCUGGCUGCAAUGCUUUCCCAACCCGGUGCGAAGUGGCUACCGCAACUUCAAGAACCUCAACGAGGAGUUUUUCGCUUACGUAAAGGAUAAAGUCGUGCAGCACCGAGACACUUACGACCCCCAUGUGACCCGUGACAUCAGCGAUGCCAUCAUCGGGGUCAUCGAGCAUGGGAAAGAUAGCACACUCACGCUGAGCAAAGACUACGUUGAAGGAACGGUCACCGAUCUCAUCGGAGCAGGACAGGACACCGUCUCCACCGCCCUGCACUGGAUGCUGCUUCUGUUGGUGAAAUAUCCAUCGAUCCAAAGCAAACUUCAAGAGCAGAUCGAUAAAGCGGUGGGUCGUGACAGACUCCCCUCAAUGGAAGACAAAAGCGCUCUGGCUUACCUGGACGCGUUCAUCUACGAGGCCAUGCGCUACACCAGUUUUGUGCCGGUCACCAUACCGCACUCCACCACCUCUGACGUGACCAUCGAGGGUGUCCACAUCCCCAAAGACACAGUGGUGUUCAUCAAUCAGUGGUCCGUCAACCGUGACCCCGAGAAGUGGAGAGACCCUCAUAUCUUCGACCCGUCCAGAUUCUUGGAUGAGAAUGGAGAUCUGGAUAAAGACCUGACCAACGACGUCAUGAUAUUCUCCACGGGUAAGAGGAGGUGCAUUGGUGAGCAGAUCGCCAAGGUGGAGAUUUUUCUAGUCUCGGCAAUCCUGCUGCAUCAGUGUUCGUUCGAGAGCCACGCAUCGCAGGACCUCUCUCUGGACUGCUCGUACGGUUUGACGCUGAAGCCUCUCCAUUUCACAAUCACUGCAAAGCUCAGAGGAAAACUUCUUGGCUUGGUGUCUCCGGCAUGAGCGAAAAGCAUUUCUUCUUUCCCACAGUGCUCAUGUUGUGACUGAAAAGACUGAAUUUUGCAAGUGUAUAUUCAACAUAACGAUGAGUAUUAGUGAAGCUGCACUGAAUGAUGUACUAUUCUGUGUUAUAUUUAACAUAUAUACAAGUAUGCUAUGAUUAAAGGGACAGUUCACCUAAUUAUGAAAAUUAACUUACUUACUCUCGCCACCACAUUGUUUUUUCGUCUGCAGAACACAAGAAGAUAUUUUGAAGAAUGACACUGAAUUCCAUUGAAUGAACACAAAACCACUGAGACAUUUCUCCAAAUAUCUUCUUUGGUGUUCCAAUGAAGAAAGAAUCGCACACAGAUUUACAACCAGACGAGAAUAAAUAAAUGACAGAAUUUUGAUUCUUGGGUGAACCGACCCUUUAACUGAUGAAUUCAAUCCCCUCCAUAGAAUGUAUGUGUGUGUGUGUCAGGUCGUUGACAGACUAUUUAAUCUCUUUAUAUACGUUUUAAAAGCAGGACUGCAAUGUAUGAUGUUUUUGGUGAAAUAGAAAGCCACUGUAUCAAUGAUUCUGAUAUAAUGCCAUGCAAUGGUUUGUUUGUAAUGUGUUUCAGAAGAUGCGUUUCCCUUCAUUCGUUCAUUUUUAUGCAGAGUUUGCGAAGACAUUCAGUAAACUGAUGUGAUUAUAAGCUUCAGGUAUUUAAAAGCCUUUGUAUUUAUACUUACCACACAGUUAGUCUUUCGAUAAACACUAUUUUUGUAAAAUAAUGCAUCCUAUGUUUUGAACGAGAUUCUGUUAGUCCUUAGUAAAUCUGUGCAAUAGAAGUGUUGCUAUAAACAUCAAAUAUGACCAGCUGUUCAGAUUCAGUACACAAGGUGGUCUUCAGUGUCCCGCUCUUCAUCAUGAUGUCAUCUCACUGAAAAAAAAGACAGAGCGUAAAAUCAUGAUGUUACUCUGUAUUUUUUUGUCUUGUUUCCCAACACAAUCGGACACAAAGCCUUAAAACACGAUUUAUUGUUCAUGUUUUCUCCUUUGGAAUUCCAUUGGCGAAAAGCAUCCAAAUGUUUUUUUGUAAAAUAAUUUUUUAAGUCACUAAACCUUGUUUUAAGGGGGUUUAGAUAAUUGUGUUGAAAAAAAAUUAUAUUACAUUAUAUAUAUUAGAUUUGAUUAUUUUGCAAUGUACUCUUCACAAUGUCAUCACGUCUUGAUGACUUCAUCGUAAAGGUUCUCACAAAUCUUCUUUUACAGUAACUUCAAAAUCAAACAUGUUCGGGGAAAUCAGAUGAAUUUCCAGGAUUUGUUCCUAUAUUGUCUAAUAAGCAUUAUGGUCAUGUUUACACUGAACGAUGUUAGAAUUAAAGUGCAUGUCUUCAGGAAUUAUUUGGAAAUCACAUUUUUCAUUCUUAGAUUAUAUGUGUUUUUAUGUUUUUACUCAAGGUAAAUAAGCUACAUGUGGACUAAAUAAAACGCUGUUUAAACGUGAA